UUCUAGAGGCCACCCCUACACAAAGAGAGAAUUUUUGGAAUCGCACAAUAAAAUUCCCCAAGAGCUGGUUUCUAUCAACCUGUGGCAUUUCCGGAUUCUAAAUUUUCAGAGGAAGCUGUGAAACAUACCAUCCCAUCAUGCCAAAGCUGAAGAACCUGCUGCCCGGAGUCUUUGGCAAUGGCAAUAAGGUUCCCACUACAGAGUCAGUUGACCCGAAUCGGGCAACGGCAACAGAAGGGCACCUGGAGACUGACGCCUUACCUGUAUUGGAUGAAGAACAGGACAAUAUUAAUAGUGGAGCUCUUUCACUACCCUCGCAGACGCCUACAGCGUCAGCAGAUUUAACGGAGUCAGUUUUACGGGAACUGUCGGAUCCCAAUUACAAUUCCAUGGACGUGGUGCAAUCAACCAACAUUCCAGGUAGCGCCCUGGUAAAUGGCAAUGUCAAUGCCGACAUCAACACCAACAAUACAAUGAAUGUGCACAACGCCCAGCAACAGGUGGUCAUGAACUUCUCGAAUGCCAGCAAUUUGCAUUUUGGCUCCGUUUACAAUGUCAAUCAAAAUUUAAGUGCAUGCAGUUCUCGAAAGAGCAGCGUUAGUACCACUGAAGAGACAUAUUCGAUGGAUGGCAAGCGUCCACAGCAGAGCACAGCCCGUAAGACGGUUAGCAUUGUAACGAUGAUGCAAUCCCAAGAGGAGGUGAAUAGGCAUAUAAUCGAAGCAGUAUCUAAACACUUGGGCGAAGGCUGGAAGCAGGUGAUGCGGGAUCUUGGACAUUCCGAGGGUCAAAUCGAGCAAGCAAUCAUUGAUCACCAAAUGCAUGGCAAUAUCAAGGAGGUGAUUUACCAGCUGCUUUUGCAAUGGGUACGCAGUGCUGAAAAUGGCGAGGCCACGUUGGGACGUCUAACCACAUUACUGUGGGAAUCACAGCAUCGUGAAUGCGUUCAUCGCAUGAAACUCGUUUGGAAGGCAUUGGAGAAACGCAAGAAAAACAGCUGAAACUUAGUUGUACUUCUUAACACUCCUUAUCAUGCUGUGCACUACUUUUUUUUUAAGUGAAAACCGAAUAGUAGGCACCCAAAGAAUUUAGCAAAGCUCGCUCCAUUUCGAUAUUUCUCUGUCUGCCCAAAUAUAAAAAUCUUGUUAAAUUACUUUUAAUAGAUGUAAAGUAUCUAGUUUGUCGGAUUAUGUAUAGGUUUGGCAGAUUCUUUGGGUAGUUUAUUUGUGCAGCAAAAAUAGGACAAAAACUGUGGUGUACAGUGUUAGGACUAUCAUUUUUGUGCAAUAAUCAUUUGACAAACUUUCGAAUAACUUAAUCUAAAAGUUUGUCCUUAGUAUAGAUAAGAAUACAGUUAAUGUGAUAUUUAAGUCAAAAAUAAAUGUUUGUACUUUUAAAUGUA